CCCAAGACAGAUCGACUGGCAACGCAAUCUGCAGCAGACGCGCUUCAACGUCUUUCGGGUGCCGGUAUCUCGAGCAUCUCCACCGGCGUGAAGGAUCUCGACAAUGCCCUGAUCGGUGGCAAGCAGUCUGCCAACGCCAAUGCCAACGCCAACGCCAACGCCAACGCCAACGCCCAUGCUGGCUUCGAGCGAGGCAAAGUUGCCGAGAUCUGGGGCCCGGCGGGUUCGGGAAAGACAGCUCUCGCCUCUCAAGCUGCGCGCGAGGCAAUCAUCAAGGAUGGCGGCAAAGUCGCGUGGCUCGAUUGUGCGACGUUGCUGAGUAUGGCCCGAAUGAAUGCCAUCCGUGCACAUCCACAUACAUCCAGAGACCAAUCGGGAAAGCCGUUGGUCGAUGAUUCUUUCCACUACCAGUCAAUCGCCACUCUCUCACACUUACUGGCUUGGAUUGUGCACCCACCGCCUUCCUUUCCUCCGCAUGCAACGACUCUGCUUGUGCUGGAUGAUGUAAAUUCCCUGGUCGACCUCGAUUACCCGCGACUUCCUUUGAACAAUGGCAAUGGCAAUGGCAAUGGCAAUCGAACAGAACAGCAGAAAUGGCAGGCCGGUCGUAGAUACGCCAUUCUUGCAUCCUUGAUCAAGGCACUCAACAAGCUUGCCGCCGUGCACAACUUGGCAGUAAUCGUCACCACCGGCUGCAGCUCACGUAUGCGCACUGAUGAGGGACUCAUGGCAGCUAUAGCACCUGGAGUUGGAGGCGCAGAAUGGGAGAAUGGUAUCUGGUCCCGCACGGUCGUGUUUCAAGACUUCAAUGGCCGCUUUGCUGGUGUUCAGAAAUGCCAAGGCCGAAAUCUCAUGCCUCUCGAUGCCGUUGGAGACGUUAGGAACCCCAUCGGAUUUGAGAUUGCUGAGCGCGGACUCGUCAAGGAGAGACAUGUGGAGGUCGAUUUGACGAGCAGUUCGCCGACUGCUGGACCCCAAGCCGCCAAGAAUGUUCGCAAACGUGCAUAUGAAGAAAUUGCAGACUCAGAAGACGAGGAUCUGGAUGAGUAUGGAUGGGCUGAGAAUGAUGAGGAAGUACUCGCCGCAGAGUCGUUGGCCAACAAGCAAAGCGAGAACGGCCAAGCAGAUGGAGCGACUUGA